AUGUCCACCAGCAUAGCAGCCUUCACUAACACGCUGGGGCCGCUGACAACAGCAUGGGCCCAGCCAGCCUCUUGCACCACUGGAGUCGCAGCCAACAACCACGAGGCGUGGCUGGAUCAAUCCUGCGUUGGUGACAGUUUUGGAGGCAACCCUUCCUGCUGGCCCCCACGGACUGAAGGAGCCGCCUCGCUGUCGGGCGCGCUUUCGACGUGGGGCAUAUACUCUCCCGGAACUGCCUGUCCCAGCGGGAAGGUGGCUGCAUGCUCCUACGACGGAUCCAAGAACACUGGGGCCUUCCAGUUCUACUUUCCACCGGGGCCCUCUGAGACUGCCAUCGGCUGCUGUCCCUCAAAGGAGGGGCUGCGCAGAGGGUACUUCUGCUACGGUGAACAGAAAUGCGCGCUGUCCAUCUCCUCGUCGACAGUAUCUACAUUGCAAUGUUCCGACGGCAGGGCCGUCGACUUGGCCACCCUCUCGAUCCCAUAUACCACAACCCAGAGCUCAUCCGUGGCGACGAUAUCGACGUUCUCCGCCUACGCGCCGUUGCUGCAACUCAUGUACCAAAGCUCUGACGUCUCGUCGACAACAUCACCCCCUUCCACGACGUCGACUUCGAGUGGCCAAGAGACGAACUCGUCGGGAGGUCAGGGGCUGUCGACGGGUGCCUCGGCAGGUAUCGGUGUCGGCGUGGGAUUGGGCGUCAUCAUCCUGGCAGCCGCCGCCUUUUGGUUCUGGCGGGUGAGGCGGAAGAAUAUGAAGACGGCGGCGCCAAACCAUGCGUCAAAUUCUGAGAACUUCCGGGAAAGCAGACCCGGCGGUUCGGAGGCGAAGAGCCCCCAGGAGCUUCAAGGGUACCUCACGGUACCGGAGAUUGACUCGCGUACGACACUGCAGGAAGUUCCAGGCGGAGGAUUGGAUGGGCCACGGGUGGAUGCAGCACGCGUGCAGCAAAUCUCACCAGUAGAGUUGGCAUAG